GUGAAAAAUCGUUCUUAUGUAACUAUUGUCAUUACAAGACUGCUGUAAAAUCAGAUUUAAUUAAACAUAUACGGAUACACACAGGUGAAAAAUCGUUCUCAUGUACCUAUUGUCAUUACAAGACCGCAUUAAAAUGUAAUUUAACUACUCAUAUACGGACACAUAAAGGUGAAAAACCUUUCUCAUGUACCUAUUGUCAUUACAAGACCGCAUUAAAAUGUAAUUUAACUACUCAUAUACGGACACAUACAGGUGAAAAACCGUUCUCAUGCAACUAUUGCCAUUAUAAGACCACUCAAAAAUCAACUUUAAUUAAACACGAAAGGACACAUACAGGUGAAAAACCGUUCUCAUGUAACUAUUGCCAUUACAAGACUGCAGUAAAAUCAGAUUUAAUUAGACAUAAUAAUAUACGGAGACAUACAGGUGAAAAACCGUUCUCAUGUAAUUAUUGCCAUUAUAAGACCACCAUAAAAUCAACUUUAAUUAAACACGAAAAGACACAUACAGGUGAAAAACCGUUCUCAUGUAACUAUUGCCAUUAUAAGACCACUCAAAAAUCAACUUUAAUUAGACACGAAAGGACACAUACGGGUGAAAAACCGUUCUCAUGUAACUAUUGUCAUUACAAGACUGCUAAAAAACAUAAUUUAAUUAGACAUAUACGGACACAUACAGGUGAAAAACCGUUCUCAUGUAACUAUUGCCAUUAUAAGACUACUAAAAAAUCAACUUUAAUUAAACACGAAAGGACACAUACAGGUGAAAAACCGAUUUGAGGUAAACAGUCACUAUAGAAAAAAAAUCUUCAGUAAUUAUUUCAGUAGGUUGUAGGUAUAGUUAGUAGUAUAAAAGCAGUAAAAGAUGUAGCUAAAAGUCUUUGGUGUAAGUAGGUAGGUAUACUAUACAGGGUGGAAACGAUAAGUGAUCUCACUCGAUUAU